GUGUUCCUGUUAAUCAUUUAUAUUUACAACUACAAGACGAUAAUUUCCAGGAGGAACAAGAGGCAAAGGUCUCAUCUCGACAUCAGUAAAGGAGAAGCUCCUCUGUGAAUGUCGUCCGACAUGAGGGGGAUCACAGGAAGUAUGUUCCUGUUGUGCCUUAUUAGCUUAACUAAUGCAAAUACCAGUCCUACAAUCAACGGUUUGGUUCACCACGUGUGUGAAGACACCCCCAUAGGUGCCUAUGCGUUUAGUAUAAAUGCAACAGAUGCAGACAACGACCGGCUGACUUAUGCACUCACUGAGCCCAAUGCCGCAUAUUUCGCAGUAAACAGUGCCACUGGAGAUGUGUCAGUCAAAAGGGAACUAGACAGAGAGGCCUCUAAUGUAAUGCCGCUUGGAGUUACUGUCUCUGAUGGUCUCAAUAGUAUAAGCAGAAACUUAAAUGUAAUAUUAAAUGAUACCAACGACAACAAACCCAUUUUCCUGCAAGCGGCAUAUGAUGCUUCGGUCCAAGAAAAUGCCCCAGUAGGUACAACUCUGUUUAGGGUGCAGGCAACAGAUGCAGACACUUCAAGUGCUGGUGUUGUUAAAUACAGCAUUGAUGAAGUCACUCCAAAUGAUGGCUUCAGUCUUUUCAACAUCUCAGCCACAACUGGGGAAGUCAGAUUAAGUGGACGUCUGAAUUAUACUGCGCUGAGCACUUUCUAUCGGCUGAAGAUUAACGCAACUGAUGGUGGAGGCCAGUGUUAUUUUACUGACACCAAAUUCCACUCAAGCACUGUUUUUUCCAUCAUUACGGUUGUGGAUGUGCCAGACCUUGACCCACUGUUCAUUGGUAUUCCCUACAUCGGGAGAGUUGAAGAGAAUUCUCGACCGGGCCUGUCUGUGUUUACAGUGACUGCCAUAGACCAGGACUUAGAAGUCAAUGAUGAUAUCAUCUAUACCAUUGAAGAUUCCACAGCAGAGGGCUUGUUUACAAUCUCCCCAACUGAUGGCAUCAUAUCUGUGUUGUCAAACAUUGACAGAGAAGCUAUCGGUGACAGUGUUACCCUGACUGUAAAGGCUACUGAGGUUAAUAAAAACAUCCACGGGAUCCAUGCCAGCACCACAGCAGAUGUACAGAUCAGCAUCAUCGACGUCAAUGACAACCCCCCGGAGUUUUACAUGUGUGGACACUCCUGUGUAAAUGAGAGUCACUUCACAGGAGAGGUCAUUGAGCACUUGAGCUCUGUUUCCUUCAACAUGACUGUCAAAGAUCUGGAUAAGAUUUCCAAAACUAAACUAACCCUGGAGGGGGAAGACAAGGACGUGUUUUCCGUAGAACCCUCAACCACCAUGUCAACCAGCAUCGUUCAGCUUCUGGUCAAGCAGCCCCAAAAACUGGAUUAUGAAGUGACACAGCAAAUGGUUCUACAAAUCAUUGCCAUAGAUGAAGAUGAACCCACCCUCCGCUCCACUGCUACAGUUACUAUUAACAUCAAGGACGCUAAUGACAACAGCCCCAAGUUCCCACAGGACACAUAUAAGUUGACAGUGCCUGAGCACUCUCCUGUUGGGACAAUAUUGGCCAACAUUACUGCAGAGGAUCCUGACACAAUGGAUCAAGGCAACAUCACCUACAGACUUCUUCCAGACAGCAUCCUACUGUAUUUUGACGUGGAAGAACAUACAGGCACGGUUUACGUGAAGAAUGCUAGUCUGGUGGAUCGUGAGGUCAGAUCUCUGUAUUCGGCCACUCUGCAGGCCAGAGACACAGAGGGCAAGCCAGGGUCAACAGUGCUGGAGAUCACUUUGACUGACAUCAACGACCAACCCCCAGUCAUCAACAGAGAGUAUUACAGGGAGUUUGUUAAAGAGGGUGAAGACCUUAAAGUUGCAAUUGAGGCUACUGAUGCAGAUGAUGCUGAUUCAGUAAACAGCCAAAUCGUGUAUGCAAUCGAACCAAGCAGGUUCAGUGAUAACUUCACCAUCGACCCUAACACCAAUGUGUUAAGAAACGUAGGUGUGCUUGAUCGUGAGGCCCUGGACCCAGAGCUGGACGGUAUAAUCGAGGUCAAUGUGACAGCUACUGACAAGGGUACUCCCCCAUUGAGCGACGUGGUCACAGUUAUCAUCAAUAUAGAGGAUAUCAAUGACAACACACCACAGUUCAAAGCCUCCUCUUACAAUUUUUCCGUCAAAGAAGGAGAUAAAGGUGCCUUUGUGGGUUGUGUUCAUGCUGAGGAUUUGGACCAAACGAAGGAAUUUAACCGCAUUUCUUUCAGUAUCAUUGAAGGAAGCUUUGGUAGCUUCAUCAUUCGCACCUUUGCAGAUGAGCGGGGUUACAGUGGAAACAUCACCGUGGACCCUGACAUUGAGCUGGACUACGAGAGUGCCCACAAGCAUUACAAACUGCGGGUAGAGGCAGCAGAUAUGGAUCAGAAUAAAGCUGUGGUGACAGCGGAUGUCCACAUCAUUGACGUGAAUGAUGAGAGGCCAGAGUUCUUGCCAGUAGACCGUGUGGAAGUGGAUGAGAACACCACCAUCAGCGGGGCUGUUGGCAACUUCACAGCAGUGGACAAAGAUGGAAACCACUCACUGGUCUAUGAGCUGGUAUCCAUGAAAUGCAGAUGUGAAGGCUCUUGGACACCUUGCAGCUGGUUUAUCCUGGAUCCAACGGGGGAUGUCAGAGUCAACCCUGAGCACACAGUGGAUUAUGAACAAUGUGACAAGGCGGAGAUAGAAGCUCAGGUGGUCGACGAGUACACAGAGAAAGGAGAAAACAACAGUGUCAAAAUAGCAAAAAUGGAGAUUGACAUUAAAGACAUCAACGACAACGCCCCUGAAUUCAUUUUGUCAGAUCUGGUAUUCGUUGUGGUGUCAGAAAAAACAAGUAAGGGGACAACAGUUGCAAGAGUCACUGCUACAGACCGUGACUCUGGACUAAAUAGGCAGAUUAAGUUCCAAGUGACAGCAGUCCAAUUUCAAGAAACCAACAAAGACCCAGCCAACAAGAAGUUUCUGUUCAACGCUGAAACCACAAAUGACGGUGACGUUUAUCAAGGAAUUAUUCAAACUACCGAGGGGCUUGAUAGGUCCCUGAAAGGGAAGUAUUUAGUAACAGUGAAUGCAACUGACACCGGUAACCUCUCAAACAGCACCGUACUGGAGAUUAUCACAGUUGAUGAAUCAUUUAAAGUGGAACUUGAAUUCAGAUCUUCCAAAGCCGAAGUCGAAGGAAACGAAAUUAAAAUCACAAAUGCGCUUCAAUUUGCCACCAAGGCCAAGGUUGAAAUUACUGCAAUCAGGGUGAACAGUGCUGAAACCGUAAGGGCUGCAGGUCAGACUAUCGUAGAGGCAUAUUUUGUCUACUUGAACGGGACUGCUCUCAGCUCGACUGAAGUGGAAAAGAUCAUCUCUGAUCCUGAACACUCUUCUGUGCUCAUAGGGCUCGGCCUCUCGGACAUUGGGAAGACAUCGGAGGUAGUAGAAGAAACAAACCCUGUGCAGUACGUCCUGCUGGGGAUAGUGGCGGGCCUCGUCAUCGUGCUGGCUGUUCUCACCACUUCACUGAUGUGCACUCGCAGAAACUACAGGAGGAAGCUGAAGGCAGCUAAAGCCAUGAACUCUGCAUCCAUGGUGACUUCUGACAACCAGAAAAGUGGUCCUGUGGUGCCUGGGACCAACAAGUACACCAUGGAGGGGGCUAAUCCUGUCCUCAACCUCAACAUCGACACGGCCAUGGUCCUGGACAUGGACGAGGAGAGCUCAGAUGUGGACAAAGUCAGCCUCAACUCCCUGGACUACAGCAGUGAUGUGACCUUUUCUGAAAAGGAUAGGCCCAUGCAGAUGAUCCAGGAGGAGGAGGAGGAGGAGGAGGAGAAAGACAGUGGGCCACCCGAGUACAUCGAGGCUCUGGGUGCAGCACUUGCCCAGCAGGGCAAGAAGAAAGGCUCCGACAAUCCUCGCGUGGGUUACGAUAACCCCGCAUUCAGCACUACAGACCUGUGAUGGGAACAGUGACGCU